AUGCCUCGAACGUUCUCCAGCUCAAUAUACCAAAGUCUCAAUCCAAAUACAAGCGAAAUCCGCCUCAUAGACAUCCUGCCAACGUUGGAUGAGGGUGGGCGGGUGCAGUGCAAAAUCCUUCAUGCCUCGUUGGACAGCCAGAGAGUGGGGUACACAGCUCUCUCUUAUGUCUGGGGAGAUCCAUCAAUCACCAAAGAAAUCAUCAUCGAAGAUGCUGUUUUCAAUGCGACUGCGAAUCUCGCAUCAGCCUUGCAGUUCAUGCAGGCUUCACUGCCGAGGCUCCCAGAUGGGAGCUGUUUAGUAUGGGCCGAUGCCAUAUGUAUCAACCAGACAGAUGACCUGGAGAAGACUUCUCAAGUGAGAAUGAUGGACAGGAUAUACAAGGAGGCAAAGGAGGUAAUAGCUUGGCUCGGACCAAGCAGCGAUGAAGUGGAAUUGGGGCUACAGUUGCUCAACGACAUAGGAGGAAACAUGAGGACGGUAGAAGCCUCCGAGUUGAUGCGCCGAUAUCCACAGUAUUGGGAGGUGACAGAUCCCUCACCUCCGGCCUACAAUAAAUACUGGAACAGCCUGGAUAGAUUUCUAGAGCUGCCUUACUGGAAGCGCAGCUGGACUAUCCAGGAAAUGGUUCUCCCACGCACCCUAUGGUUUCAGGUCGGAGAUAAGACCCUCGGAUGGGAGACUCUAAAGGGAAUGGUUGCCCUCCAGAUGGCAGUAAGUCGUGGUAUGGUUGAAAUCCCUGAUCCACGCUCGAAUCUCGCGGUGCACCUUGAGAUGGGUUCGCAAGCUUACCUUCCCUUGCGACUGGUCAACCACUGCAAGGUUUUGCAACAGCAGCCGCUUGAUGAUUCUCAACAAAACCUGGUACUAUUCUCCGAAACUACGGGCCAGUUGGCCACAGACCCCCGGGACAAGCUAUUCGCUUUCUACGCCCUCAAUAUCAGCCCGAUAGAGCCCGACUAUACCAAGGAUGUUCGGCAAACAUAUGGCGCAGCGGCAGCUUCCUGGAUGAGAUCUGGAGGGUUGGACCCUUGUUUAAAGUUUUCCGGUCUUUGUUACGGUGAUCAUUCAGACUUCAAGCUUCCUUCAUGGGUCCCUAACUGGGAUACCCUGACUCGGCCGGACGCUGCUGUAGCGAAGCAGCUCAACGACAACUUUGGAAAUUAUGAGGCCAACAAAGGUCUCCCGGAAGGAGUGAUGGGGGUGGACGACGAGUUUACGUUGCACGAAGUUGGAGUCAUGCAUGGCGCUGUUGACUGGGUAGGAGACGAUCCCACAGAGGCACAACACCAAGGCGUGAAUGGAUUCCAGAAUUACCUGGUUUCUACAAUGGAGGGCUUCACCGAUGCGAUUGAUCAAGCGAAGAGCGCCGCACCGCCUCUGCAGCUCAUUCUAAGGACAAUCACGCUGGAUAAAGUGGAAAGCACAAACCAGAUAAUCGCGGGAACUGAGAAGCUAUACAAAGAUUACGGUCGCGUAGACCAGCUUUGUCGAGCCUUUCUAAAUAUCCUUUCGAGAGCUCCUGGAAAGGGUCCGACGGUCGAAACCAUGACAAGGACUCUUAAACUAUGCCAACGAUGGGGUUACGAUCCUCAGCAUGGGACCUUGGCCAACUUUUGUCGGAGCCAGAUAUUCUGGGGCCAUGAAGUUCCAGAGGCCAUAACGAGCAGGCACUACCUUGACCCGCAUUACAUGGAAGUGGAUUCAAGUGCUCAAAUGUCGAUAUAUGUAAACGUUAGUCGAGGGCUGUUCUGCGGUCGCGUCUUUCGUACCUCGGAUGGAAGCGUAGGUCUCGGCCCCUUGAAUAUGUUGCCUGGGGAUCAGCUCUACGUCUUGAGCGGAUGCUCAUUUCCAGUUCUCCUGCGCAGGAUUCCAUCCGAAGCUGAUGAGGCUUACUCUUAUGUUGGCCCUUGUUUUGUCCACGGUCUGAUGUACGGCGGAGUUGGGGAGGCAGUGGCUGCUGAAGGAACAGAGCUAGACGUUCUUGAGAUUCGAUAG